CGACUGACACCGCUGCUCUCCAUCGUUCGUUCAGCCCACCAUCAUGGGUGUCUUGACGAGAGAGGUUGUCGACGUGGUCCACGCCCUCAGCCGCAGGGCCGCUGCUCCUCAGCAGGCGGGCGUGUUCGUUGGCCUGAACCCGGCUACGUACAACGCUAACGACCCUUUCCCACUUUGGGUCAUCCAAGUCGUCAUCAUCAUGGCCAUGAUCCAGUUGCUUCACCUCUUCCUCUCACGCAUCCGCCAGCCCAGAGUCAUCUCAGAGGUCAUUGGAGGCAUCAUCCUUGGACCCUCGGUCAUGGGUCGUAUUCCCAACUUCACGAACAGCAUCUUCCCUGUUGCUUCCUUGCCCAUGAUCACCCUGACCUCCACCAUCGGCCUAGUUCUUUUCCUCUUCCUGGUGGGCCUCGAGCUCGACGUGAGGAUUAUCAGGCGCAAUGCCAAGUCCUCCAUGCUGAUAUCCGCUACUGGUCUCGUUAUCCCCCUUGGCUUAGGCGCGGCCCUUGCUGUGCCUAUCUACCACCAAUUCGUUGAUCCUUCGGUCCGCUUUGGAGACUUCGUCCUUUUCGUAGCCGUCGCCGUGGGCAUCACUGCGUUCCCGGUGCUUUGUCGCAUCCUGACGGAGCUGAAGCUUCUCGAUGACACAGUUGGCGCAGUCACACUUGCAGCCGGAGUGGGAAACGAUGUCGUGGGAUGGAUUCUACUCGCCCUGACUGUCGCCCUUGUCAACUCUGACACCGGGCUUACAGCUUUGUGGGUCCUGCUCACUGCAGUGGGCUUCACCAUCUUCUUGUUUUUCCCGGUCCGCUUGGCAUUCCGUUGGCUUGCCCGCCGGACUGGGAGCUUGGAGAGCGGUCAGCCGUCUAUGACAAUGAUGACACUUACACUCGUCCUCAUUCUCGUCUCGGCCUUAUUCACCGACAUCAUUGGCAUUCAUCCCAUCUUCGGGGGGUUCCUUGCCGGUAUGGUCAUUCCAAAGGAUAAUGGAUUUGGUAUUGCCUUAGUAGAGAAAAUCGAAGACUUGGUCUCGCUCCUCUUCCUGCCUUUGUACUUCGUAAACACAGGCUUAAAGACCAACCUGGGCUUGCUAAAUAACGGUGUGACCUGGGGAUACACCGUCCUUAUCUGUGUCGUCGCCUUCUUCUCCAAAUUCAUAGGAUGCGCCAUUACUGCCAAGCUCUGUGGCUUCAACAUCCGCGAGUCCGGUGCCAUCGGCUCCCUGAUGAGUUGCAAGGGCCUGGUAGAGCUCAUCGUCCUCAACGUCGGCCUGUCAGCCGGCAUCUUAGACACGCGAACAUUCUCCAUGUUUGUUCUGCACGCCGUGGUGCUGACGUUCAUAACUACCCCCCUUACUCUUCUCUUUUACCCACCCAAAUACCGCACCAAGGCUUUGGCCGUCACCAUGAACCGAAACAAUUCAAAGGUGGGCGUUGAGGGUGGUCAGCCUUCGUACUUCAAGGAGGCAAUCAAGACCAAUUUUGCCAUGGUCGUCGACAGGAUCGAGCAAUUGCCUACGUUGAUGGCCCUUACUAUGCUCCUCCAACCUUCAUCCGCCGCCGCCUCUUACACCCCCGUCAUCAGUGACUCCGUUUCGGAUCACGAGAAGGAGUCGGGCCACGAGAAGGAAUCGGUACCUUUAACCCCUCCAGGUCUUCCAUAUUCUGCCGCUUCAACACCUGCCAUCUCGCUCAACGUACUGCGCCUGAUCGAGCUUACUGAACGUACAUCAGCCGUCUUCAAGUCUCAGUCUGUCGACUUGUUGGCUCUCAGCGACCCGAUCCUCUCUAUCAUCCGUACCUUUGGCUACCUCAAUCGCAUGGUCGUCUCUACUGCGCUAGCUGUUGUCGGUUACGAGGAGUACGCAUCACACAUUACAGACUUCACGAGGGACGUGUCUUCCCAGAUGCUUAUCCUACCGUGGAGUAACACCACGCCACUCAGCGACGAUGCAUCAGCAGGCAGUCGGCCAUCGUCCUCGCCGAUGCUGUCCGUGUCCCCAAGUCCGUUCGACGUGCUCUUCGGACAGAGCAACACCCGCAGUGGAGUACAGAAUGCUUCGUUCCCUCAAACUCAGUUCUUCCGGAAGAUGUUUGCGAGCGCCACAACCGACGUUGCCCUUUACAUCGAUCGCGGGCUAUCCCAGCCUGUCGAUGCCCAGAACAGCGCGCACAUAUUCUUACCAUUCUUCGGCGGUCCCGACGAUCGCUCUGCAUUGUCCUUUGUCGUUCAACUCUGCACGAACCCCUCCGUUACGGCUACGGCGGUUCGCUAUGUCAAGACAGGGUCGAACGAUCUGACACCGGUAUCGACACUGGAAGAGGUGAAGCAGCCUGUACCCUUGGACAUCGCCCAGGAUACCGUCUAUGCGUUCAAAGACACUCAGACGCAGCUGGCAUCCGAGACGGCCGACAAUCUCUUGUGGGAUAGAUACACUCGGUCAACAACUCCUGAGCUCUCUGGCGCACUGAGCAGGAUCACUUUCCGCGAGGAGCACUCGCCGAGGGUGCUUCGCUCUGCGACAGAUGCCGCGGCUCGAGUUGCGUCAGAGCAUUCCGGAUCUAGACUGCUGGUCAUCGUCGGUAGGUCGAGAAGGAUGGCCGUUGAGUCGCAUGUGCAGGAGCUUCAAGUGUUCUUGUCCGAGAAGGGCGUCUCACUGGGCUCGGAGUUGAUGAAGACUCUUGGGGACGUUGGGUCAGCUCUGGUGGCCAGCAACGUAAAUGGCAGCCUGCUUAUCCUGCAGGCGUCCCUCUCGUAAUGAUCCCCUGAUGCCACGAUUUGCCAUGAUCGCUGAUACCGAUGACUGUAAUUGUACACCUACGGUAUACCUAUGAUUUGUUUUUGCUGUACAACAUUCUUGGAUUGGGCCGUGAAUGCUUCUCGUAUUUCAUGGGAUUUCU